UCCAAAACCUUCACAAAAAAAAAAAGCCUUCAUAGUUUGAACGUUUCAGUUUCCAAAAGAAAAGUUGAGCCUUUGAACAGAGAUGGCCACAAUGUCACGCCCGAUGGCUUCUCGGAGCAAGAGAGAGGGAAGAGGACAUGCCUUCCCGGUGGACUCUCCAAGCUUCUGCUUGAAGAUUGUUACUGCUGUGGAUCUCCAAGAUGGGAAGGAACUUCCAGAGCCAGCUGUGAGGAAGUAUGGGAAUUGUAUGGCAGACUCCAUAUUCCUCAAGGUUCCCAAUUGCGGAACAUCAUGGCCAGUAGAACUGAAAAAAACGAUUCGUGGUAGCCGAAUCUGGUUACAAAAAGGAUGGGAGCAGUUCACAGACUUUUACUCCAUAGACCAAGAUUACUUCAUAGUGUUCAGCUAUGAAGGCGAACAUUCUCAUUUCCAAGUACACAUUUUCCACUGCAACAAUAUGGAAAUGGAUUACCCAAUUCGUGGAGGAGGAGUUGGUGGAUGCAUGUCUACACCCAAUUCAAAAGGUAGCUCUUUUCCCUCUGCAUCAUAUGCUGGUAGAGACCAAAACAAUGACAACCAACAUGAUUUUUAUGGAGCUAACAAUUUCAUAUUCGGGGACAAGCCAGGUUUUCGGAUCACAAUGACUAAAUCAUACUUGUCAGCUAUAUUGAGAGUACCUUCGUAUUUCACCGUCGAACAUCUGUGUGAAAUAGGGUCUUAUUCCGAUGUGACCUUACAAACUUCAGGUGAGAGAACUUGGACUGUUCAUUGUGCAAUCGACAAAAGUAGGCGAAAUGGAAGAUUCAAUGCUGCUGGUUGGAGAGCAUUUGUGCAGGACAAUCAACUGAAAGCAGGUGAUGAUUGUCUGUUCCAGUUGAUAGGCGAACGUAAGCUCAAAGUCUACGUAUACCGAGCUAAAUGAAGGCUAUAUCAACCUGACUCUGUACUGAAACUACAUUGGUAGCCUAUGACUAGUUGAUGUUAUAUUCAUCUUUAUGUGAAGAAGUUGAUGUUUCCAGCUUUUGUGAACUUGAUGUUGUUUCCAACCUUAUGCGAAGAUGACCUCUAUUAGCACUAUUAUCUAUUUGCUAGUGUUCGAUUGAUGUUGUUG